AUGGAGAUUACGGAGGAGCAGCGGCGUCGCUCCGAGGCCAACCGCCUCGCCGCCCUCGAGAAGCGCAAGCGCCUCGCAGAGGCCGCAGCCGCGGCCGCGCCUUCCACCGCCUUUCCCGCCUCUGGCGCCCCCACAUUCCCUGCCUACGACACUGCCGCCGCCGCCGCCGCCGCCGCCGCCGCCGAGUGGAGGCUCGCCAAACGCCCAAGAAUCGCCCCGCCCGCGCCCCAGCCUCCGUUUGCGCCGCUGCCCCCGCGUCCUUCCCCACCGCCGCCGCCGCCGCCGACUCCGCCUCAGCCGCCGGUGGGGUUCCAGGUUGUGCUGGAGGUAUGCAGCCCCGACGAGUUCUUGGUGGCGGUGGGGCCGGUGGAAGGCAGGGCCUACCCCGGGGAGGCCGAGUGCCUCGGCGCCGUCCAGGACUGUCUCGCUGCGGCUUCGCUGGAACUCAUUUUUCCUUCAAUGUUUGCACUGUUAGGUUGUACAAUACUCUACUCUGCAACGCAGUCGCUAAAUCAAAGCGCACAUCUUCGUCCUGUAUUUAAGUUUGUGGACUAUGAUGUGGUGUUGAAAUGCCUUAAGAAAUUACCUGGAGCUUCUGUGCAAGAAAUACCUUCUAGCACAAAGAGAAUUAUUCAGGAUAUACCUAGGGGUGAUGUUUGGGCUUCAAGGCGUGGAUGCUGCCUAAUUGCAGAUGAGAUGGGGCUUGGCAAGACUCUCCAGGCGAUUGCAAUAGCAUGCUGCUUCAAGGAUGAGGGCUCUAUAUUAAUAGUAUGUCCAGCCGUAUUGCGUUAUUCUUGGGCAGAGGAAUUGGAACGCUGGGAUCCUUCAUUUAUGCCAAAAGAUAUUCAUAUUGUAUUUGGUCAUCAAGACAGUCUUGAACAUCUAAAUGCUACUCCAAGGGCAGUGAUUACUUCUUACCAGAUGCUAAGUCGCCUUAGGGAAAGUAUGGUGAAUAGAACAUGGGCACUGAUGAUUGUUGAUGAAUCGCACAACAUACGCUGCACGACGAAACGAGAAGAAAAAUAUGAGACAAAAGCUGUGCUGCAUCUAGCUUCAAAAACUGAUCGCAUCAUAUUGCUCUCGGGGACACCCUCUCUCUCAAGACCUUUUGAUAUCUACCACCAGAUAAAUAUGCUAUGGCCCCACAUGCUUGGUAGAGAUAAAUUUGAUUAUGCGAAAAAAUAUUGCUUGCUGCAUGCUGCACGAAGUUAUCAGGGGAAAAUAUCUAAGGACUUCUCUAAGGGUACGCGGUUGACAGAGUUAAAUGUUUUGCUCAGUCAAACUGUCAUGAUUAGGCGGCUGAAGGAGCAUUUGUUGAAUGAACUGCCCCCCAAGCGGCGACAGAUUAUUUGGUUGAAGCUAAAGGCACCAGAUAUCAGGGCAGCCACAUCUUCAUGCGUCAAAAGGGUGAACUCUAGCAGUUGUAAUGGAACUCUUACAGUUGAAUUGCCCAGCAAAAGCAAUGAUGAUGAAAAUACAAAAGAGGAAGAAGAUGAUGAUUGCAAGAAAUCUCCGAGGAAUCUCACUCCACAAGAGAUUGGUAUCGCAAAAUUAUCUGGGUUUAGUGAAUGGUUCUCAAAUCAUUUCAUCAUGGAUGGAUUUGGUGCUAACCAUAACCUGGAUCCCCAGUCUAGCUGUCAGAAAACAAUAAUAUUUGCACAUCACUUAAAGGUUCUAGAUGGAAUACAGGUGUUUAUCUCUGAGAAUGGGAUCAAAUUUGUUCGCAUUGAUGGAAGCACACUUCAAAGGGAAAGGAAAGAAGCUGUUGAUUCUUUCCGUUUGGAUCCAGAGGUGAAGGUUGCAAUAAUUGGAAUUACUGCUGGAGGUGUUGGUUUAGACUUCUCGUCUGCUCAGAAUGUUAUUUUUGUGGAGCUCCCAAAAUCAGCUUCAGAAUUGCUUCAGGCUGAGGAUAGAGCUCAUAGACGUGGCCAAACAAAUGCGGUCAACAUAUAUAUAUUCUGUGGAAAGAACACAUCGGAUGAAUCACACUGGCUCCAGUUAAACCAGAGUCUGUUCCGUGUCUCGUCUUUGAUGAAUGGAAAAAAAGAUGCUGUAAGGGAGAUUGAGGUUGAUCAAGUGUGCCAACUUGAGGAAAUCAAGACCACCGAGGAGGAAACACAAUGCAAACUUCAUCCUUCGGAGAAUCAUAAUGCAGAUUUGACCCAUGGACCAAAAUACCUUUUGGAAAGUGAUGAUUUGUCCAUCAAUGGUUUUCUUGGCAUCGAAGAUUUGGAACUUGACUCGGAUUUCACCAUUAGGACAAUUCCUCUUGAAUUUGAGGCUCAAGAGAGGCUUUCUGGAAAUUCUGGGUCCUUAAGUCAAGCUGCACCUGUUCCAGAUUUUCCAAUUCAAGUGGAAUCUCUGCGUUUUGAGGUUAGUCGGCACACAGGCCGAAUCCACUUGUACAGUUGUGUUCCUGGACAUGAUUCAAGACCCAAACCACUUUGUGAAAAUUUUCUGCCAGAAGAAUUGAAUUCACCUUUAUGUUCUCCCAGUGACGUUAAAACAAGAACUCUGCUCUUGAAAAAGAUUCCUGCAUUUUGCAAUGUGUUCAAGGCAUUCAUCAAAGAGUGGUUGGCACUAAGACCAAUUGAUCAGAAUAAAUUGCUUGGAAAGCCAUUACAACUUCCCUUGAGCCUUGAGUUGUGUUUUCUGAAAGAUAGCAUCAACCAUAGCACAGAAGGGAUACUUAAAGGGGGGAAUGGAAGGCUUGCAAAGUCACCAGAAUAUUUUGAAGAUCUAUUCUGUGGUCUAGCUUGUUUCCAGGAAUACAGGUUAAGAACCAGUGGCAGGGCCCUGCGGCAGGCACUGUUUCAAAUAGAACGAGGUAAGUGCUCCCAAUGCAAGCUCGAUUGUUGCAAGCUUGUCAAACACAUUAAACCCUUACCCUUGGAAAAACGAGAAGAAUACAUCAGAAAGGUUGCUCCAAACAUUGCGAGUAGAAAGAAACUCCUAGAUAAGCUUGCCCAUGAGCCAAUUGAUGGAAAUGCUUGGCAUGCAGAUCACAUAAUACCUGUCUAUAAAGGAGGAGGGGAAUGUAAACUUGAGAACAUGAGAACACUGUGUGUGGCUUGUCAUUAUGAGGUCACCAGAGCUCAGCACAAGGAACUAAAAGAAAUAAGAAAGAAGGCUAAAGAGCACCUGAAAAACGCCUUGAAUAAACAAAAGGAUAAACCAAGUGAAGCAACAGAAGAACUAGAUGACGAAUUUUUGCUGGUAGCCGUCCCGGGCAGUGCCUACUCCUUAGGAUUUCCUGGCAAUGUUGCUGAUGAAAAAGCUGCCGAAUAG